AUGGCUUCAGCGACUCCACAGGGAGCAAACUUGCUCUAUGGAUUACGGAAAUCCAACAAAUUCUCCAAAGGCAUUGGAGCUCUUCUGCCUCAGGCAUACCGCAAGUUUUGGAAUGAAUGGAAGAAUCAACAGCCUGCGGCGGUGCAUUACGUGCCCAAGGAUGGAAUGUUCCAACGCGAAGAUAUUACCGGGCUCGUGACACCCAUCCAGAACGUGCCGAUUCCAUUGAUUACUCCAAAGGAAGCGCACGAUGGUAUCUGGGGUGGUGAAGCGGUCAUCAAGGGUUUCCAGAAGCGAAACCAAUACAAACGCCGCGUACCACACUUCUGGGUUCCCGUGUUGCGUCGAUCGGUGGUGCAUAGUCGCGUGUUGAAUGAGUACAUGGCCGUCACGGUGACGGAUAGAACGUUGGCUCAGAUUCAUGAUCAUCAUGGGUUUGACCACUAUCUACUAAAAACGCCCGCUUGUGAUCUACGCUCGAUGUUGGCAAUUAAGCUGAAAAAGAAAAUCCUUGAAGAACUCGCCGCUGGCUGCCCUAGGCUAGCGUCUGAACCUACAAAACAGCAAGAAUAUUCGAAAGAGUUUGCCUGCUACUUGGAGCAGUACACGCCAGAAGAGAUCGAAUGGUACGGACUGACCUAUAACGAGGCACUAGCAAAGAUGAAGAUCCUCACCGAAGACAAAGACCCACAGCUGCCGCAGAAAAUCCUUUUCCGACAGAAACUGAUCGAGCAGCUAAGAGAAGCCGGCAUCCGAGAGGCACAGGACGGAGAAAGCGGAGAUAGUGAGGAGCUGAAAGGAAUCAAGGAUUCCACCUCCUCCUCAUGGCUAUCGAAGCUUAGCUUUAAGCCGAAAAACUGGUAA